AUGGCCAGCUUGAAGUUGUGCUUGCUUCUAGGAUUGUUUGCAUUCUUUCUGCGUAUGCUGGCCAUUCAAGGUGCAGAAGGUACAUGUAGAUUGCUAGGAAAAUUUGAUUUGCAUGGCUAUGUGGAAUCUGAGAAUCGUACGCUGAUCAUAGGAGGAAUGUUUCCCAUUCACUUCAGGUCUAUACCAGAAAAAGAACCAACUUCUUCAGAGCCAGUGUCACCAAAAUGUGAAGGGUUUAACUUCCGAGGUUUCCGUUGGGCCAAAGCCAUGAUACAUGCCAUCCAUGAGGUUAACAAUAGGCUAGAUAUUCUUCCAAAUAUAACACUGGGUUAUCACAUCUAUGAUACCUGCUUUACAACAUCUAGAACUGUUGAAGCAACUUUGGCAUACCUUACUGGGCAGAAUGAAACCAUGCCCAACAUCAGAUGCAGUGCUGGUGCACCUCUCAUAGCUGUCAUUGGAGCUGGUGGAUCGACAUUGACUAUUGCAUCUUCAAGAAUUUUAGGGCUCUAUUAUUUCCCUGAGGUUGGUUAUGCCUCCUCCUGCUCGGUUCUUUCUGACAAGUACCAGUUCCCUUCCUUUCUACGGACUAUUCCAAACGAUGACCAUCAGUCACUGGCUAUGGCAGAACUUGUCCGACAUUUUGGUUGGGUAUGGAUAGGAACAAUAGCAGCAGAUGAUGACUAUGGAAAAUAUGGAAUAAAGUAUUUUAAACAAAAUGUAGAGAAAUAUGGAAUCUGCAUUGCUUUCUCUGAGACCAUUCCAAAAAUAUAUUCCAGGGAAAAAAUCCUAGCAAUUGUGGAUGCUAUAAAAGAAUCCACAGCAAAUAUCAUUGUAGUAUAUUCUUCUGAUAUUGAUCUCAGUCCCUUAAUGGAAGAAAUUGCACACAGUAACAUUACUGGCAAAACCUGGAUUGCAAGUGAGGCCUGGGUUACAUCAGCACUAAUUGCUAAGCCUGAAUAUUUCCCAUUCCUUCGUGGGACCAUUGGUUUUGGCAUACGGAGAGGUGACAUACCAGGGUUAAAAGACUUUCUGCUUGAUGUGCAUCCAGAUAAUGAUGCUAGCGAUGACUUGACUAUUGAGUUCUGGCAGACUGCUUUCAAUUGUACUUGGCCUAACAGCAGCGUACCUUAUAAUACAGAUUUUAGAACAAAUGUAUCAGGCCAAGAGAGAGGAGUAAAUCCUGUGUUUCAUCAGCUCUGUACUGGAAAGGAGAAACUAGAGGACAUAAAAAAUACCUACCUGGAUGUUUCAGAACUCAGAAUAACGUAUAAUGUCUAUAAAGCUGUGUUCACUGUGGCCCAUGCCCUUAACAAUUUAGACACCUGCGUAGAAGGAAACGGACCAUUUCCAAAAAAAUCCUGUGCAAUUAUAGAUGAUUUUGAGCCCUGGCAGUUAAUGUAUUAUCUGAAGAAUGUUAAAUUUACAACCUUUGACAAUGAGCUAAUAAAGAUAGAUGACAAUGGAGAUGUGUAUGCAUCAUAUGACAUUAUAAACUGGCAGUUAAAAGAAACUGGAGAAAUCUCCUUUGUGAAGAUUGGAAUCUAUAAUGAUACAAAAGAUGGGCAUGAGAUGAAGAUAUAUAACAAUGACUCUAUAUUUUGGAACACUCCAACAUUAAAACCUCCCCGCUCUGUGUGUACUGAAAGCUGCCAAUCUGGUACAAGAAAGGGGAUCCAACAUGGAGUGCCUGUGUGCUGUUUUGUCUGUAUUCCAUGUGCAGAUGGAGAGAUAAGUAAUGAAACAGAGGCAAGAGAAUGCUUUCAGUGUCCUGAUGAUUACUGGCCCAAUACACCCAAGAAUGAAUGUGUGCUAAAGGAGGUGGAGUUUCUGGCUUAUACUGAUGCUUUAGGGACCACACUGGUAGUUCUCUCUCUGUUUGGAGCUUGUAUUGUCCUUUCAGUGACCUUUGUUUUUAGAAUGCACAGAAACACUGCUCUUAUGAAAGCCAAUGACCGAGAGCUGAGCUUUCUCAUUCAGCUAUCUCUUGUCAUUACUUUGUUAUCUUCCUUCUUCUUUGUUGGUAAACCAGAAGAGUGGUCAUGUCAGAUCCGCCAGGUGAUCCUUGCCCUGGGGUUUUCUCUUUGCUUGUCCUGUAUACUGGGAAAAACGAUUGUGCUCCUGUUAAAAUACAGACAUACCAAGUUCAAGCCUACAGAGAAGCAUGCUCAUAUAGUCAUGCAACCUCUUCAUCAAAAACUUCUUGUGCUAAUCUCUGUGAUAAUUGAAGUGUGUAUUUGCACAGCCUAUCUUGCAUGUAUUCCUCCAUAUGUGUACAAAAAUAUGGAAUUUCAAAAUGUAAAGAUAAUUCUUGAGUGUAAUGAAGGCUCCAUAGAAUUUUUAUGUAUUAUGUUUGGGUUUGAUGUAUUUCUUGCUGUAUUAUGCUUCAUCACUGCCUUCAUAGCUCGCAAGUUACCAAAUAAUUUCAAUGAAGCUAAAUUUAUCACUUUUGGAAUGUUGGUAUUCUUCAUAGUCUGGAUUUCUUUUGUUCCAGCCUAUUUAAGUACAAGAGGGAAAUUCAAAGUAGCUGUUGAGAUAUUUGCAAUUUUGGCAUCAAGCUUUGGUUUGCUUGGUUGCAUAUUUGUGCCAAAAUGUUACAUUAUUUUAUUGAAGCCAGAAAGGAAUACGGAGGAAAUUAUCUCAGGCAAAGCCACCACUAAUGACAAGAGUGCUCCGCCCAGCUCAGCCUCAUGCACCACUGAGAUUAGCAACAGUACCCUCUCCACUCUGGCACUUGAUGAGUAGAAGAUGUUUUGAGUUCCUGCUCUUUAGCAUUUAUGGAUUUUCCUGUACCAUUGAUUUGCCAUCGUUUCCAAUGUAAAGUUAUAGAUUCUGGUUCUUGGGGGACAAUGCAAAGAUGGCACAACCAAAUUCAAACCAUAUUACAUGUACUGAGAAAAUAAGGCAUGUCACCACUGGGGAGCUUUUAUAGAUGGAUGUUUGCUUUUAUGCUAAAUAAAUAGGGAGUGUGCAGGGUAAGAGAGAUGGAAUGAGGGGAGCAUAUGUUCUUGUGGGAUAUUAAAUGCUUUCCUUUAAGACUGUGUGGAACCUACUCGCUUAGAUUAUGUGUUUCAGCAACUUUACCUGUAAGUAGUCUGCCAGCUUUCUAAUGGCAGAAAACUCAACUCCUUUGUCCCACCCCUGUUCCUGCCCCUCCCCUUCCACGAGACCUGCCCCUUCUCCCAAGCUCUGCUCUCCACUCACUCCAACCCCACCCCUGUUGCUCGCUCUCCCCCACCCUCACUUGCUCACUCAUCACCAGGCUUGGGCAGGAGCAUGAGGUGUGGGAUGAGGUGGGAGCUCUGGCGGGGGAUGCAGGCUCCAGGCUGGGGCCAGAAAUUAGGGUUUCAGAGUAAGGGAGGGGGCUCUGUACUGGAAUAAGGGGUUGUGGUGCAGGAGGAAGGAUGAGACCUGGGGA